GAGAGGGCUGAUUCCAAACCCGUGCACCAGCAGGACUCAGACUGGACUCAGACUAGACUAAGAUCAGCAAGGAAGGCAACUAACUAAGGAACUAAUUUAGGAAACGUGAUGUAAUGUAAAUCAGAUCAAGUUGGAUGUAAUUUAACGCUUCUCUCUGGACUUUGACUCUUGUCAUAAAGGAGAUGGGACGACAUCUAGUAACGUUCUUAGCGAAGACCUCAUUGCUCUGCUGUGUGUGUCUGUGCGAGGCUGGUGAUUGGACCCAUGCCCAUGCUGAAGACCAGCUGUUUAAAAAACUCUUCAGUGGUUAUAAUAAGUGGUCCAGGCCUGUGCGUAAUAUUACUGAUGUCGUAAUUGUCAAGUUUGGCCUCUCAAUUGCCCAGCUGAUUGACGUGGAUGAGAAAAAUCAGAUGAUGACAACUAAUGUAUGGCUGAAGCAGGAAUGGAAUGACUAUAAAUUACGCUGGAAGCCCUCUGAUUUUGACAAUGUAACAUCCAUUAGAGUGCCAUCAGAGUUGAUCUGGGUACCUGACAUUGUCCUGUAUAAUAAUGCUGAUGGUGAGUUCGCUGUGACCCACAUGACCAAAGCCCACCUGUCCACACAGGGGAAGGUGCGCUGGGUGCCUCCAGCCAUCUACAAGAGCUCCUGCAGCAUCGAUGUCACAUUCUUCCCUUUUGAUCAGCAAAACUGCAAGAUGAAAUUUGGCUCCUGGACAUACGACAAAGCCAAAAUUGAUCUGGAGCGCAUCGAGAACACUGUGGACCUGAAGGACUACUGGGAGAGUGGGGAGUGGGCCAUUGUUAAUGCCGUGGGCACAUACAACACGAAAAAAUACGACUGCUGCCAUGAGAUCUACCCAGACAUCACCUACUUCUUCAUCAUCCGCCGUCUUCCUCUCUUCUACACCAUCAACCUCAUCAUCCCCUGCCUGCUCAUCUCCUGCCUGACCGUGCUGGUCUUCUACCUGCCCUCAGACUGCGGUGAGAAGAUCACGUUGUGCAUUUCCGUCCUCCUUUCUUUAACCGUCUUCCUCCUGCUCAUCACCGAGAUCAUCCCUUCCACCUCAUUGGUCAUUCCACUCAUUGGUGAGUAUCUGCUCUUCACCAUGAUCUUCGUCACCCUCUCCAUCGUCAUCACCGUCUUUGUGUUAAACGUCCACCAUCGCUCCCCAAGUACCCACAAGAUGCCACGCUGGGUUCAGUCCAUAUUCCUGGGCUUUAUACCCCGUUGGCUCUUCAUGAAGCGUCCAGCACCUGAUCAGGUACGCCGGCGGCUGCUGAACCCACAGGGGAAAAAGCACAGUCCAAACCAGACGUCUAACCUCAGCACCUCGAAGAGCUGGCAGCAGCAAGAGACAGAUGUGGACGUUGGGAGAUAUCAGGAUAAGAACGGUAGAGCAGGAAUGGGAAUUCCAUCCUCUUUUUCCUUCCCUACUGCUUCAUCUCUACACCUGUCUGACUCUGAGCCCUUGCUUCAGAAGUAUGACCUGCAGCAGCUAGGACACAGGAUGAACCUCAAUUCACGGUCGGUCAAGCUCAGCAAUUUGGAACCAGAGCCCGCACUGCCCUUCUCUCAUAGUGUCCUGCAGGCUCUGGAGGGGGUUCAGUACAUCGCUGAUCACCUGCGCGCAGAAGAUGCAGAUUUCUCAGUCAAGGAGGACUGGAAGUAUGUUGCAAUGGUAAUUGACCGUAUCUUCCUGUGGAUGUUCGUCAUUGUAUGCCUGCUGGGGACAGUUGGCCUCUUCCUGCCUCCCUGGCUCUCAGGGAUGAUCUAGCUGUUUGCCCUGGGCUUACAGAUACAGACAUCAAGCUCCAGAGCAACGUUCAACCUGUAUGAUGGAGCCAAGACCUCCCCUAGAGAAACCAACAGGCAAUUAUAAUUUUAAAGGGAAGAAGAGGGGUCUUAGUGCUUUUGGAAUGGGGUGUUACCUUUACGGGGUUAAAUCGCUAUGAAUUUUAAUAUCAGCCUUGCUGUGCAGACCUUUUCUGCACUGAAGUUCCCUGGGUACAGUGUCAGUGAUGUAAUGCGCGUGGGUUAGAGCAUAUCAGUUCACUCAGGGAUUACCUGGGGUCACAGUUAAUUGUUACAAUAGUUCAGAUCUUCUCAGCCGUGACGUCUCCCAUCAGUCCUGUGUGAGAAACACUUCUCACCUCUUACCGAAUGCACUGACAUUUCCUGCUAUCAUGCUGCCAUCCAAGCCCAUUCACUUCCACAUGCAUAUAAAGUCAGCCCCCACCAACGUAAUAUGCAAAAUUAACCUUUACGAAAGAGGCAAAGGAUAUGUGACCCUGACUGGGACCAGUUCAGUUCAAUUUACACUGUAUCCUACCAUUAAAUGAGUCAGAGAUGCAUUUUUACUCUCAGCAGCAAUUACCCGGCAGGUCAAAAGUCCUCCUUCUAUCAUGGGUGCAGUUUUGAAGAGC